AUGUGGCUUUCUGUGUCGUUGUCGGCAUGGGUGCUGGCAGCGUUUGCUCUGGCAGGAAUCCAGGACCAGACGACGACUGACGAGAAUGGCAUUCGCAGCAUACCUCCAUAUCUAGAUUCUGAUAUGCAAAGUCGAUGGUUUGACUUUGGAGGAAAUACAAUUGUGCGCGCGGAUCAAUAUAUUCGUCUGACCUCGGACCGCCCCUCACAAGAAGGAUGGAUCUUUUCUCGAGUACCGCUGACCGCCACAAAUUGGGAGAUUGAAGUCGAGUUCAAGAUCCACGGCAACGGCAAUCUCCAUGGCGAUGGUAUGGCCCUCUGGCUGACCAAGCAGCGCGCAACGCCGGGCCCUGUCUUCGGCAGCACCGACUCAUUUGAAGGCCUCGGCAUCUUCUUCGACACCUACAAGAACAACCGGCCCGGUACCGUCUUCCCCUACAUAAUGGCCAUGGUCGGCGACGGUACGAAGUCCUACGAUAAGAACACCGACGGGAAAGACAAUGAGCUGAUGGGGUGCUCUGCGCGCGGGAUCCGCCGCGCCCCGAUCACCACAAAGGCGAAGCUCACAUAUUUCCAAGACAAAAGCCUAAAGCUGGAGCUACAGUACAAGUCGGAGGAUAAGUGGGAGCUGUGCUUCGAGACGAACGAGCCGCCCGUCAUUCCGUCGGUGGCAUACCUUGGCUUCAGUGCCGAAACGGGCGAGCUAAGCGAUAACCACGAUAUCAUAUCGGUUGCGACGCGCAACCUGUACGACACGAAGAAACGUGAAAGCACGGCUUCCAAGUCCGCAGCGGGCGCUUCGUCGACGGGCAAUGCUAAGGACACGAAGUUCAAGGGGACCAGGACGGAGGGUGGCAGCUGGACCUGGUUUCUGUUCAAGAUCAUGGCGUUCCUGGGGGUGUGCGUGGCUGCGUAUGUGGGCUUCACGGCGUGGCGGACGCACAAGAGCAGAAGCCACCGCUUCUAG